UCCGAUCCUCUUAUUGGAACAUCUGCCUUUGUUCAACGUCUAAUGGAUUAUUUUGUUAGCCUUUUUAGCGCUAAUCGAAAAAGUUCCAAAGGUGAUAUCCGCAGCAACGCACGCGCGAUGUCUAAAUUGUCCAUGGAAGCCGAGAGAGUAAUGAAGAUUCUCAGUGCCAAUACGGAGACAAUUGCACAGGUGGAAUCACUUUUUGAAAAUGAGGAUUUUAAAGCGAAAAUUACUCGAACUGAUUUUGAAACGAUUUGUCAUGAACUCUUUGAGAGAAUUUCAGUACCUAUUUUUUCGGCACUUGAAGCAGCGCAGCUACCGUUGCCUGCUAUUAAAGAAGUAAUCCUAAUGGGGGGAGGAAGUCGUAUACCAAAAGUUCAAGAUAUCCUCAUGAAAAUUACCGGAAAAACCGAGCUAGGCAAAGGCAUUAACACAGACGAGGCAGCUGCUUUAGGCGCUGUUUAUCAAGCUGCCUAUCACAGCCCCGGAUUUCGCGUUAUGCGGUUCAUCGUAAAGGAUGCUAGCCCCUAUGCCAUCGCUGUAGGUUUUUAA